CCAAACAGUCCAUUUCUCUUCCCUUUAGGCCAAUACCAUCAUGCCUCCUUGGGUAGCCUUCCCCAGACUCAUACUGCUUUGAGCAGAUGCUGUAGUUUCUGUGUCAUAUGUGACUGCAGUGGUGGAUCAGUCUGUCACUCUACCCUGCAUCUCUGCAACAGCUCAUGAAAUCUCACCCAUGUGGUGGGGUCGAAGGGCAUGCCCUUUAAUCAACUGCACAAAUGAACUCAUAAUGACCGAUGGCUACCAUGUCACCUUUGAAAAGGACAAACGUUAUAGGAUGAAUGGAAUCAUUUCCAGAGGGAAUUUGUCUUUAACCAUAGAGAAUGCAGCCCUGUCUGACACUGGCAUCUAUUGUUGCUGUAUUGUGUUCAAAGAGUUUAAUGGUUAUAUAAAGAACAUAUAUUUGGAGAUAAAGCCAGCUCCACCUAAGGUCACCAGUGUUCCAACACCACCUAAGGUCUUCACAUCUGCUUCUACAACUCCAGCACCGACAUUGUACCUUAAGACAGAAACCACUUCAUCAUCUGCAGUGCAGACAACAGAAACCCAGCCUAUCACACCACAGGAAACAAGUACGACCAGCUCAUCAUUGAACUCUUCUUGUCCAACAAAUGGAAAUAGCAUUGUGACCCAGCCUUCAGAUUGUGGUGGGAAAUAUAAUGAAACUCACAUGAGCUUGAAACAAAAGACACAGAGGAACACCAAUAAGUUGUACAUUGGACUCGGCAUUGCUGCCAUGAUAUUGCUCAUCAUUUUGGCUGCCAUACUUACCAAAAAAUAUUUAUGUGGGAAAAUAAAGGUGUUUCAUAAAAAGUAAGCUUGAUAGGUUUGUCUCAAUGCUUUUUGAUGUUCCCACUCUAAUAAAAAUAAAGAAAAAAUACUCUCUGUUCCUCUCCCCUUUCUCCUGAACUUUCCAUUU